CCCAGCACACCCCCUCUUCCUGAUUCGUCCCUCGCCCCGCCCCCUUCCUCCAUCCAGUAUAUAAGGCGGAGGGGGGCCGGCCGCCAAUCACUGCUACCCAAGCCAUCGCUCCGAACGUCCCCAGCACCUCCAGUCUACCUCUCGCCGUGGAUUGUGAAAGAGAUUAAGAUACCAUGGCUCACGUCACGUUUGAAGGCACCAAUAAAACGGUGUUGGACCGUUACAUGCGGCUGCCCAUUCCUGAUAACAAGUGUCAGGCGAUGUACGUGUGGGUGGACGGGACCGGCGAGCACCUCCGAUCCAAAACUCGAACGCUCCACUUUAUCCCGAAGAAGCCUGAAGAGCUGCCGGAGUGGAACUUUGACGGCUCCUCGACAGGCCAGGCUGAGGGCAGCAACAGCGACGUGUAUCUCAGACCCGUUGCGAUGUACCGCGACCCCUUCCGCCUUGGCGAUAACAAGCUGGUGCUCUGCGAGACCUACAAAUACAACAAGAAGCCCACAGAGACCAAUAAUCGACGGGACUGUCUCGAGGUCAUGAAUCGCGCAGCCGCGUCCCGGCCCUGGUUCGGCAUGGAACAGGAGUACACACUCUUGGACACCGACAACCACCCACUUGGAUGGCCCAAGAACGGCUUCCCCGGACCCCAGGGCCCCUACUACUGCGGCGUGGGCGCCGGCAAGGUCUACGGCCGCGACGUGGUGGAGGCGCACUACCGCGCCUGCCUGUACGCCGGCAUCAACAUCUCCGGCGAGAACGCAGAGGUGAUGCCCGCCCAGUGGGAGUUCCAGGUUGGCCCUUGUGAGGGAAUCACCAUGGGAGACGACUUAUGGAUGGCCAGAUACCUCCUGCAUCGCGUCGCUGAGGACUUCGAGAUCGUAGUUAGUCUAGACCCCAAGCCCAUCCCCGGCGACUGGAACGGCGCUGGAAUGCAUACAAACUUCUCCACGAAGGAGAUGAGGGAGCCCAACGGUAUUGUAGACAUUGAAAAAGCCAUCGAGAAGAUGUCGAAGGUCCACGACGAGCACAUCAAGGCCUACGACCCCCAUGGCGGGAAGGACAACGAGCGCCGUCUUACUGGGCACCACGAGACUUCCUCCAUCCACGACUUCUCCGCCGGCGUGGCCAACAGAGGCUGCUCUAUCAGAAUCCCCCGCGGUGUGGCCGAGGAGAAGCAGGGCUACCUGGAGGACAGGCGACCCUCGUCCAACGCCGACCCGUAUGUGGUGUCUGAGCGCUUGGUGCGGACCAUUUGCCUGGGUGAGAGCUAACUGAUAACCAAGUCUUCCACGGGCCUGGACGUCCCAGCAGCCUGCAGCCCCAGAGCCACCGCAUUCAUCCUCAGUGUGGCGUCGCCCUGGAGUGCUUUACGGGCCCUCCGUGGCCUUGACUUGAGCGUGUAUAAUUGUUACUGUCUAUGAAUCUCUUCAUCUUCUUCCUUGUAUUCUUGUGUACUUUUAUAACAUCUUUAACCCUUCACUUUCCAGCGUAAACGAAGUAUUAUGUAUAUAUGAUUUGUGAUAAGUUAAUUAUAUUUCUAUGAAAUUUAAACCUAAGUAAAUAAAUUAACAAGUCUAA